AUGCAUGGGUCUCUGCGGCAAGGUGAACAGAGUUCACACCGGCGGCACAUGUGGUCGGUCCCCGCUCCCUCCUCGUCGUCGUCUGUAGCUGCUACCACCGAUUACGCUUCAGUACCCCCUGAUUAUUUUUCCAAAGAUGGACGCAAAAUUCAUGUUGGCGACUGUGCACUGUUCAAGCCACCCCAAGAUUCCCCUCCUUUCAUCGGAAUAAUUCGUAGGCUAAUAUUUGGCAAAGAGGACAAUCUUAGUUUAUGUGUGAAUUGGCUAUACAGACCUGCUGACAUAAAGCUUGGAAAAGGUAUUUUGCUGGAAGCGGCACCCAACGAGGUCUUUUACUCGUUUCACAAGGAUGAAAUACCUGCUGUAUCGUUACUCCACCCGUGUAAAGUCGCAUUUCUUCGCAAAGGUGUUGAACUUCCUUCAGGGAUAUCCGCGUUUGUGUGCAGACGAGUGUAUGAUAUUGAGAGCAAGUGUUUAUGGUGGCUAACUGACCAGGAUUAUAUUAAUAAACGGCAAGAAGAAGUAGACCAGCUAUUAGACAAGACACGACUAGAAAUGUAUGGAGCAGUGCAGUCAGGGGGCCGUUCUCCGAAAGCUUUGAAUGUUCCAACAGGAACACUGCAGUCAAAACCUGGUACAGAUAGUGUAUAUAAUAGUUCCUCCUCAUUUCCGUCUCAGGUUAAGGGGAAGAAGAGGGAGCGGGGUGAUCAGGGUUCUGAUCCUGUCAAACGGGAGCGUUCAGUGAAAGCAGAUGAUACAGAUUUUGAUCGGUUUAGACCAGAGCAGAUGAUAAAGUCUGAGAUUGUGAAAAUAACAGAUAAAGGUGGUCUUGUUGAUUCAGAAGGGGUAGAGAAGUUAGUGCAACUCAUGAAACCUGAGGGUGCUGAUAAGAAAAUAGAUUUGGCUUGCAGAAUAAUGCUUGUUGAUGUACUCGCUGCCACAGAUAGGUUUGAUUGCCUUGGACGGUUUGUGCAGCUCAAGGGUUUACCUGUUUUGGAUGAAUGGCUCCAAGAGGUCCACAAAGGCAAGAUUGGUGAUGGUAAUACUCCCAGGGAGUGUGACAGAUUGACUGAGGAAUUUUUAUUGGCUUUGCUUCGUGCAUUGGAUAAGCUGCCUGUAAAUCUUCAUGCUCUACAGACCUGUAAUGUUGGCAAGUCUGUGAAUAAUUUACGCACUUACAAAAAUCCUGAAAUUCAGAAGAAAGCUAGAAGUUUAGUUGACACAUGGAAGAAACGUGUUGAAGCUGAAAUGAAUAUUAUCGAUGCGAAGUCUGGAACAAAUCGUGGGGGUCCUUGGCCUCCAAAGUCCGUGAUUUCUGAAGUUUCUCAUGUAGGGACCCGUCGGAUUGGAUCAUCCGACUCUGUUGUGAAGAGUUCCAUGAUACAGUCUUCUACACCAGUUAAGCUUGGUUCUGGAGAAGAUGUUGCCAAGUAUUCAACGGCAUCUCCUGGCUCAGCAAAAUUGCCAGAAUCAGUAACGACAUCGGGGGGUUCUAGCAUAAAGGAUCUGAUUUCUACGACGUUGGUUGGUGGGGGAACCACAGAUUUGCAACUAACAAUGAUCAAGGAGGAGAAGAGUAGCAAUUCUAGUCAGUCUCAAAACAAUAGCCCGUCUUGUUCAAGUGAUCAUGCAAGGAGUGGGGCUUCUUGCAGGGAAGAUGCACGGAGCUCCACUGCUGGAUCAGUGAGUGUUAGUAAGAUUUCUAGUGGUGUUUCACGCAGCCGGAAGUUGAGCAAUGGUCUUCACGGCUCGGGUGCCUCAGUGGUUCAAAAGGAAACUAGGUCGGUAAAAUAUAGUUCUCUACAUAGAAAUACGGUUUCUGAGAAGUCAUUGCCAACUAGAGUAACAUGUGAGAGAGAACCUAAUGUGCCUCCUGUGGAUAAUGGAAACAACCAGCGACUGAUAGUCAGGUUGCCAAACACUGGUCGAAGUCCAGCAUGUAGUUCCAGUGGCGGUUCUCCUGAUGAUCCCUCUUCUACAUUUUGCAAGGCUUCUCCUCCUGCAGAUUCUGACAAGCUUGAUUACCAUGAUCAAAAGGUGAAAGUGAAAAGUGAUGCCCAGCGGACUACCAGCUUAUCAAACACAAAAGAUGGGCUUCCUGGGUCUGAGGAAGUUAAUGCAUCAUCUGCUGGUGCUAUCUGUGAUGGGCUGAGUAGGGAUGGGGAAGAUAGUGAGAAACUGAUGGAGUCAUCCAAAGCUACUUGUUUAUCAUCCCAGGUCACACCCAAGGCUGGGAAAUCAUAUGAGGCUGCUUUUAGUUCAAUAAAUGCCUUAAUUGAAAGCUGUGUGAAGUUCUCUGAAGCUGCUGCAUCUGCAUCAGUUGGGGAUGAUAUUGGGAUGAAUUUGCUAGCCAGUGUGGCUGCUGGAGAAAUUUCAAGAGCUGAUGUCUCACCAUUGGGUUCUCCUGGGAGAAGAUCCCCUGCACCGGAGGACUCCUGUGCCGGCAAUGAUGGAAAAUUGAGACAAUUGGAUGAGGAUAGAAGUCAUAGUGAGAAGCAGCCUAAUUAUGGGGAAAAUGUUGGUGCAAUGGCAGACCAAGUUAAUUCUGUUGACUCUUUGAGUGGAUUGCCGCGUAAUCCUACAACUGUGCUCUCCAACUUCUCCAAAGUCAGCAAAGUUGCUUCAUUCGGAUGUGAGGAGAAGACUGGGGAGUGCGCUGCACAGUUGAAUUUGUCCAGUAUGGAUCUGCCACAAAAUGUAGAUGGCACAGUCUUGAAUUCUGAUGGGAAGGCAAGAAGCAACACUACCUCAAUUUCCAAACUCAAAACGAAGGGUUACUUGGUUGAUGAAGAUGGGAAUAUCCAUUAUGCUGAUGAAAAUGCUACUGAGAACAGUGUAGUAAUGGCACCAGAAGCAGCUCCUGCAAGUGAAAAAGUUGAGAAGGAAGCUGAUGAUGAAUCACCUUAUUGCUCAUCUUCAGAAGUAUCUGGAAAGGACAAAAUCGUGGAGAACAGAAAAACAGUUAGUUGUGACUUGGUGGAUCAGAAGCCACUACAUGUCAUUGGUGGAAAAAGUGAGGAAACUGCAUCACCAUCUGGUUCUUGUAAUGUUUUGGAUGUGGAGUUGAAGGCUGAAAAAGAUGAUGAAUUGAAGGCAGGGAAUAACACUGUGCAGAGGGAGAAAGAAAAUUUGGAAAUUGGUUCAUUCAUGGUGGAUCAUGGCAGUGAAUGUGCUCAGGGUGAUUCAGAAAGAAAGGAGGUUCUUGGUCAGUGCCCUGCUGGAUCAGCUUCUCAUGAAGAGUCACCUGCGAUUCCUGUGCAAGAAACAGACGAAGGCAUGAAAUCUAGUGGGUGUCAAUUAGAUGGAACAGAAGCAGAUGGGGCUGAAGGACCUGCGGCCCGAGCCAAUGCUUCGUCCUUCUCUGUAGUUGGGUCAGAUGCUGCUGUAAUGCUGGAUUUUGAUUUGAAUGAAGGUUUUCCUGUUGAUGAUGGGAUCCAAGGGGAGCAUGUUAAGUCUGCAGUUCCUGAAAACUCAUCCUCUGUUCAUUUGCCCUGUCCUCUACCAAUCCCAAUUUCUACUAUGGCUGGGAGCUUCCCUGCUUCGAUUACUGUGGCUGCUGCUGCCAAAGGGCCAUUUGUUCCUCCUGAAAAUCCAUUGAGAAAUAAGGGAGAACUUGGAUGGAAGGGAUCUGCUGCAACCAGUGCAUUUCGGCCAGCAGAACCUAGAAAGGUUCUUGAGAUGCCACUCAAUACAACUGAUGCCAUUCUUGUUGAUAACUGUACCAGCAAACAAGGUCGCCCCUUUUUGGAUUUUGACCUGAAUGUCCCAGACCAGAGAGUUCUUGAGGAUUUGGCUUCUCAAAAUUCUGGACGGUUGACAUGUUUGGAAUCUGGGUCUCGUGAUCAUAGUGGUGGGGGACUUGAUCUUGACUUGAACAGAGCUGAUGAAAGUCAUGGAAUUGGGCAGUCCUUGAUUAGCAAUAGCUGUAGAUUGGAAAUUUCACAAUUUCCUGGUAUGUCUCCAUUAUCUGCUGGAUUUGCUAAUGCUGAAUUGAAUGCUGCAAGGGGCUUUGAUUUGAAUGAUGGACCUGGUCCAGAUGAAGUGAGCACUGAUGCAGCUCCUCUUGCCAAAAACACUAUGCCAUUUCUGUCCACUGUUCCUGCCAUCAGAAUGAAUAAUACAGAACUAGGAAACAUUUCAUCUUGGUUCCCACCAAGCAAUUCUUAUUCAGCCCUUGCCUUUCCAUCGAUGCUUCCUGGUAGAGGGGAGCAGAGUUAUCCCCUUGUUCCAGCAGCUGCCUCACAAAGGGUCUUGGGUCCUCCUUCAGGAGGCACUCCUUUUAAUCCUGAAAUCUACAGGGGACCAGUGUUGUCAUCCUCUCCUGCAGCUGGUUUCCUCCCUGCUACUCCAUUUCAAUAUUCAGGAUUCCCAUUCGAGACCAAUUUUCCCCCUUCAUCCAACUCCUACUCAGCUUGUUCAGCCGCAUAUGUGGAUUCAUCGACUGGUGGCCCACUUUGCUUUCCUAACAUUCCCACUCAGCUUGUUGGACCAACUGGGAUGCUAUCAACUCACUACCCUCGACCCUAUUUUAUGAGCCUUCCAGGUGGUCCAAGUAAUGCUAGUGCUGAAGGUAGAAAAUUUGGAAUUCAGGGUCUAGACCUUAAUGCAGGUCCUGGAGGCACAGAUGUAGAACGACGAGAUGACAGGUUAACUUCAGCAUUGAGGCAACUGCCCUUUGCUGGUUCGCAAUCCUUGGCAGAUGAGCAGUUGAAGUUGUAUCAGAUGGCUGGUGGGGUGUUGAAAAGAAAGGAGCCUGAUGGUGGGUGGGAUGGGGAUAGGAUCAACUACAAGCAUUGCUCAUGGCAGUAGAGAGGAGUUUUGGCGAAAUGUGUCAAACCUGAUAAGACCUGGCAUACGGUGCAUCUUAUAGAGUGGAGCUAAUUCUGGAUUGGAGAUGUCAACAGGACAGAGUAAGAUUAUGAAACUUUUUGACAUUUUUGUGUGUGUUUUAUAUAGUUUUCAAAUUUCAAGUGCAGCAAAAUGAGCACAUUCACAUGCAAAGC